CUCUGCGCAAGCAGUUAACAGAAUCUAUGAAAUUAAAGGACGUAAACAGAUGAGUCCCCUGGCAAUUUGUGUUGCUGAUGUAUCAGAUAUAUCAAGGUUUGCCAUUGUGGAUCACUUACCACAAGGGUUGCUUGAUAGUCUGCUUCCUGGACCAGUCACUGUUGUUCUGAGGCGAGGUGAAUCUAGCAUGCUGGAGAAGUCCCUGAACCCAGGUUUAGAUAGCAUAGGAGUUCGUGUACCAGACUGUGACUUUAUUCGUGCUGUUGCUCGUGGUUCCAAAAGUGCACUGGCACUUACAAGUGCCAACCUUAGUGGCCAACCUAGUAGUGUGAGCACCAAAGAUUUUGAGGACCUUUGGCAACAUUGCGCAUGUGUUUAUGAUGGUGGCAUGCUUCCUUCUGGGCGUGCUGGUUCAACAGUAGUGGAUCUUAUCAAGCCAGGAAUAUACAAAAUUCUGAGGCCUGGAAGUGCUGAAGAAGAAACAAAAGCAGUCCUUGAGGAAUUCUUCUUUCAAGAAGUUGCUUGAGGAAGGAUGGGAUGAAUUGAUCAGCUCCUUGAUAACAGACAUAGUUCGGGAAGUUCACUUUUAUUUGUUUCCUUUCAAAUAGAUUGUAAUGCCAUAUUGACUUAUACAUUUUUCGUCAUUUGGGAAUGUGUUGGAUCAGAACUAGCAAUUUAGUCUCACAGAAAACAAAGAAGGAUUCUCUGAAUGCUCGAAUUCGAUAGCAUAAGCAUCCAUUCAAUGAAUUUUGAGUUUGAUCAUUGCC